GCGCGGUACGCUUCUGUUCUUAUCAUUCACCUCCCCUUUCUCAUUCUCUCUCUUGCCCUCUUCAUGUCUGUUUUAUUGCACUGAGAUUUAACAUUAUCUUCCGAGGGGGAAAAGGACAGAGAUUAGGGGCAGUUUGCUUUGGAAUGAUGUGUUAAACAAGUGAUCUUAUUGAGAGAAAGAGAUACUAGAAGUAAGAUUAAGUGCCUGUUUGGUUUUCAAUAUAUGAGGGCUCGCGAAGUGGGUGUUUUAUGGUUCUCAGGAAGGAUCUGUAAUUGGGGUGUUUAUUUGAGGUUUUUCUGUUGAACCUUUUCUUUGAAGGACCAGUUUUGAUGGCCGGGAGUAAUGAAGUCAACCGCAAUGAGUCCAAGAUGGUUGUACCUCUGAAUACAUGGGUCCUCAUCUCCAAUUUCAAGUUGGCUUACAAUCUUCUUCGCCGCCCUGAUGGUACUUUCAACCGGCACUUAGCAGAGUUCCUUGAUAGGAAAGUACCAGCUAAUGCAACACCGGUUGAUGGGGUUUUCUCGUUUGAUGUAUUUAUUAACAGAAGUACUAGCCUUCUUAGCCGGAUCUAUCGGCCAGCCCAUGGGGAAGAACCUCAGAUAAACAUUACUGAUCUUGAGAAGCCCGUGACUGCUGAGGUUGUCCCAGUCAUAAUCUUUUUUCAUGGUGGAAGCUUUGCUCACUCCUCUGCAAACAGUACCAUAUAUGACACUCUAUGUCGCCGACUAGUGGGCAUUUGUAAGGCUGUUGUGGUCUCUGUCAACUAUCGCCGUGCACCCGAGAACAGGUAUCCAUGUGCCUAUGAUGAUGGAUGGGCUGCUCUUAACUGGGUUAAUUCAAGGACAUGGCUUCAAAGUAAGGACUCAAAGGUUCAUAUAUACUUGGCUGGGGACAGUUCCGGAGGUAACAUUGUACAUCAUGUUGCUUUACAAGCAGUAGAGUCAAACAUUGAAGUUUUGGGUAAUAUACUGCUCAACCCAAUGUUUGGUGGGGAAGAAAGAACUGAAUCUGAGAAGCGAUUUGAUGGGAAAUACUUCGUCACCAUUCGAGACCGUGAUUGGUAUUGGAGAGCUUUUCUACCUGAAGGGGAAGAUAGAGACCAUCCAGCAUGUAACCCAUUUGGUCCAAAGGGUAAAAUCCUUGAAGGAAUUAAGUUCCCAAAGAGCCUUGUUGUGGUGGCUGGUUUGGACCUUAUUCAGGACUGGCAGUUGGCAUAUGUCAAGGGGCUUGAGAAGGCUGGCCAAAAGGUGAAACUUCUAUAUCUGGAGAAGGCAACCAUCGGCUUUUACUUGUUGCCUAAUAAUAACCACUUCUAUACUGUCAUGGAUGAGAUAAGUGCCUUUGUGGAUUCCAACUGUUGAUAGACUGAACUUUUGCCUGUAGGCAGCCAUGCGUAACAAAUGCUUGACAUUCCUGUUGGGGUAUUUAAGAGGUUGUGUGUGGUAAAUAAAUCUGUUAGUAAUACCACUUUCAAUUUUCAUGGCGUCACUGGUAUUCUGCUUCGUUGGGGUUUGGUUUGUCUUCCUGGUAUAAGGAGGGCCAGGCCUGAUUGUUGGGUGCAAAAGGUAUGGUUCAGCAUGUAGCUGGAUCAAGAUGUUUUAGUGGUGCAUGUCCUUCUGUCCGGAAAACUACAGUUUUGGUUUGAUGAUAUUUCUGUGGCGGCUGGAGCCACCUGACUUAGUUUAGCAGAUACCAAGUUUAAGAUUACCCAUUCUGCCUUCCAGCAAUGCUGGGAUGGAUGGAAGACGAGUGAUGGGGUACAUUUGGUGGCCGAUCAAUUGGGAUCGGUGCCUUGCUUGUGUUAUUUUCUGGGUAAUUGAAACGUUUUCCUUUAAAAUGUCCAUGGUUUGUGAUCCUGUAUCAUCGUACAUAUGUUCUAGCUUUGAUAUGAAGCAUUUGCUUCUUUGCUUUUCCCUUUUUCCCCUUAUUUUUCAGUGUAGGGAAGUUUUCUAUGUUGUGUUCAUGUUUGGCAGUGUACCUGUAAUUGUAAAUAGAAUUCUAAUGAACGUUAACAAUAUUCUACUUAA